UGAAGGUGCUGGAGAGGCUGGUCUUGGCCCACCUCUGACCGCAGAUGUUCUCUGAUGACUCUGCGGUGGUGGGGUGUAUAAGGGAUGGACAGGAGGAGGAGUACAGGACAGUGGUAGCUGACUUUGUGAAGUGGGCCAGUGAGAACCACCUGAUUCUGAAUGUGCCCAAGACCAAGGAGAUGGGGAGGAAGAGGACAGCUCCACAACCUUUGAAGGUACUGGGGGAGGUCAUUGAGAUGGUGGAGGAAUACAAAUUCCUAGGUGUGAGGCUGAACAACAGACUGGACUGGAAGUGCAGUGCUGUGUACAGGAAGGGAAUGAGCAGGCUCUUCUUUCUGAGGAGGCUGCGAUCCUUUGAUGUAUGCAGCGAGAUGUUGGAGUUAUUUUACCAGUCUGUUGUGGCCAGCGCACUGUUCUUUGCUGUGGUGUGCUGGGGGAGCAGCAUUGGAGCCAGUGAAACUAACAAACUCAACAAACUGAUAAAGAAGGCCGGCUCCAUCAUCGGCUGCAAGCAGGACACCGUGGAAACGGUGGUGGAGAGGAGGAUGCUGAAUAAAUUUUUUCCAUCAUGGAUAACACCGAUCAUCCUCUCCACCACAUCCUCUAGGCCCAGGAGAGCACAUUCUCCAAGAGAUUCAGACAGCUCCGCUGUCACAAGGACAGAUUCAGGAAGUCAUCAGAACUUAAUAAUAACUAAAAAGACUGACUGCGCACUUGCACAAUGCACAUUUUCUCUCCAUGACAUAUGGUAUGCCAUUGCACUCCUUUAUGCCAUUCCUUUAUUAUUGCACUAUUUUUUUCCCACUGUUGCACAUUUUACAUUUUAUGGUUACAUUACAUUUUAUGUUUAUAAUAUUUUCUUGUAUUGCUACUAUGUCGAAACAAUUUCCCCAUGCGGAUGAAAUACAAAAAAGUAUUUCUAUUCUGUUCUAUUCUAUUCUGAUCGAGUUCAGCAAGGUAGUACUCAAGGUCUGCGCUGCUCAACUCUCUUUACCAAGAUAUUAAAUCUGACACAGGCUGA